AUAUUUUACUGGAACAGUCCGGCUUUUUUUCGGUUCUUUGCCUCAUAAUCUGCCACCUUUAGCAUCACUAGCAAUAAAGACAAUCAUCAUAUUUAAUCUUGAGCAAUGCUUUCUUGUGUUCUCUACGUAUGAAUACAUACACGCAUGAGAGGAGAACAUCACUACAGAUCGCCAAGACAUAAAGAAUAGAAAGCAAAUCAGGCAAGUGAACGCGUACUUUCUAAUCAGAACGGGCCGAGUUUACCCGAAAUGCGCAUUAUCAUUAUUUCGGCUUCCUUUAAGCAGUAAUAUAUAUAAAGCUUAGUUUCAGCCCUUGCAUCCUUCUUUUUUCUCUUCCUUUCGAUUGAAGAAUGUCAGAGAAAACCACACUUGUAGUAUGCCAGCACGGAUUGUGGGGAGUUAAAAGCCACAUGGGCUUCAUUGAAAAGCAAAUCACGGAAGUCAUGGAUUCUAAAUCCAUUUCCGUGUUAAAUGUUGCUUGUAACGAGAGCAAAUAUACCUACGAUGGGGUUGAUAUCUGCGGUAAAAGACUUGCUGCCGAGAUACAAGAUUAUGUCAAGUAUUUGGCAGAUGAAGAACGCAAGAUCGUUACUCGCCUGAUCUUAAUCGGAUAUUCAUUGGGAGGGUUAAUGGCUCGUUAUGCCAUUGGUGUCUUGGGCAAAAAAGGAUUCUUUGAUACCGUCGAACCUCUUCUGUACGUAACAUUUGCCACACCUCAUUUAGGCGUACGCCGUGAAGCAAACACAAAGUUCGGAAAAGUGUACAAUUUUGUCACUGGUCAUAUGCUGUCAAGGACAGGCGAGCAAUUACAACUUUUGGAUUCGCAUGAAAAUGGGCGUCCGAUAUUGAGCAUAUUAGCAGAUCCAGACCGCGAGUUUUAUCAAUACUUGGCCAAAUUCAAGACACGGCGCACAUAUGCAAACGUAGCCAACGAUCGUACUGUGCCCUACUGGAGUGCAGCCAUGGAUACAUGUAACUACUUUAAAGACAUCAAGGAAGUUGAAUUAUCACUAGAUUCGGAAUACUCGAGUGUGAUCACUGCCUUUGACGCACGGCAUCCAGACAAAGAACGGCACAAGAAUAAGAAGCGACGAAUCAAAACUGGAUCAGUGAUCAGACUUGUGUUGCUACUAUUUAGCCCAAUUUUGGUCCCCAUCUUUGGAAUUUUGGCGUUCACAUAUAUCGGCACCCAAGGACUCGCGUCUCGGUAUCGAGUAGCAAGACUGCUAGCAUCGGACAAGAGCGGAAAGGAAAUGCUGCAGUAUGACGAAGAGUGUGGUCAUAGCUAUAGCGACGAUACCCUAACUCACGAUAAAAAUAAUAAUAAUAAGCGUCACCAUCACCAUCACAACGAUCACGAAGAAGACCCCAUCUUGGUGGAUACACUCGACGCUGGAGAAACGAUACCCAACGAGGCCAAUGCUGAUAAGGCUCCGCAAACGACUCAGCAGCAACGUGAUACCAAAGAUCACAGGUCGUUGUACAACAUCGAACCAUCCAAAGCAUUGAAAACAAAACAUUCGGCCAUGCAUCUUGCAAAGGAGCAGUUUGAGAUCCAAAUGAACAUGCUCCAGCUCGAAUGGGAGCGUGUACUUAUCUAUAUCGACGCAAUGAACGCACAUGCUUCUAUUGUAUGUCGAGCAAAUCGAUUUGUUAAUUCCGGUGGGCAAGCAGUCGUUCGUCAAUUUGUUGAUUCACUAAUACUAGAUUAAACUUUUAUACACAAUUCUAAGGGUAAGGGCGUGGACGCCUUCAUCAAUUUCUUGUUGCAAAAGCUUGUAGACUGAGCGAUGGCGUUGCAUCAAAGACUACAUACAUAGUUCCCCGUUUUAAGGAUCAGUACUUUGUCGCAACUCGUUUCAACAAUAUAUCAACUUUACCUUGCCAUCAAACUUUUUCGAGA